AUGGGCUUCGACUUCGGAGACUUCCUUGGAAAAGCCGUCACUACUGUUGCAACAAUCGGAACAGCAGCGGUAAUAACAGCCGCCACUGGAGGAACAGGAUUAAUAGUCAUUGGUGGUUUGACGACAGCAAGUGGUUUCUGCUUUGAACAAGCAGGUAAAGAAGCUAAUGAUGAAACCCUUAAAAAAGUCGGUGGUUUUAUCAAAGGAGUAGGUUUAACAACCGCUACUGGUGGUGGUUUACCUGCUGUUUGUAAUGUUGUUGCCGAAAAGGUCACUGUAGCAGAAGAAGCUAUUAAAUUUGGAAUUCAGACUUACCAAAGUUAUGAAGAUGCUGUAGACACAGUAAAAACU